ACGGUCGGCAGUUGGCUUACAAUUCAGAGAAGAAAAUCCGUUGUUGUGUGGAGGAAGAAAGGCGAACACGAAAUUCGAGGAACGUUACACGUACCAAAGGGAACUUUAAACCCCAAAACAGCGGGUCGGUUUUCUCCAACUUAUUCCCCCCUUUUGUGUCGCUAACAUGGCUUGUGGGGCAACGUUAAAGCGGUCGAUGGAGUUUGAGGCCCUCCUCAGUCCCCAGUCUCCCAAGCGGAGAAGGUGCAAUCCACUACCGGGGACUCCAGGCACUCCGUCCCCUCAAAGAUGCAACCUCCGUCCACCAGUCGACAGCCCAGCGCAUUCGAUGUCUCCCCAGCCCAUCGGAGGCGAACACAGGCUUACUCCAGAGCAAAUCUUCCAGAACCUCCGUCAGGAGUACAGCCGGAUCCAGAGGCGGCGGCAGCUGGAAGGGGCCUUCAACCAGGCCGAGGCCUGCAGCUCCAGCGACGCCCCCAGCCCCAGCUCCUCCCUCAACGCUCCCAGCUCUCCACCAGGUGCCUCGAGGAAGGACCAGCCCUCGUUCACGCUGAGGCAGGUUGGCUACCUGUGUGAGCGCCUGCUCAAAGACCACGAGGAGAAGAUCCGAGAGGAGUACGAACAGAUCCUUAACACAAAACUCGCAGAACAAUAUGAAUCUUUUGUGAAAUUCACACAAGACCAGAUCAUGCGAAGAUACGGAGCCCGGCCCGCAAGUUACGUCUCCUGAGCUCACCCCGGCUUCUUCUCACAAGACGGCUGCUCUUCUACUGCCUCCCCCCUGUUGAUUUUACAUUUUAUUUUCCUAACACUCCCCCUACUCCCUUCUCCAAAGGUUUAGGUGCCAUGGUUUGACUUUUUAAUCCAAAAAUUGGUUUCUUACUUCCAAUCUCUUGCUGCUGGCCAAAAAUUAGAAUAAUCUAAAAGGUAAACGAUGUAAAAAAAAUAAAUGUUUCUUUCUUUUUCUUUUUUUCCCCGUCCCUUUGGUCCCUUUAUUUGCGCCCCCAGUUGCUAUGCUUAAUCCAGACAUCCUAAGAAAAAAAAGCAGAUGUUUGUCAAAUCUCUUCCUGGCGCUGUAGAAAAAGCUUAUUGGCUCGUGAUCAUUCUGUAUAACCUCCCAGCAGCUGUAUUUAAUGGCUCCUGCUUCUCACCAUGCCCAAUGCCCCCCCCCCCCCCUUCCCCCCCCUCACCCCC